AUGGCUAUGUGGUAUGCGCUUGGUAUUGCGUUCUUCGCCGCUAUCGGCACGUUCUUGUUUGGCUUUGAUACCGGCAUUGCCACGACAACAAUCGCCCACCAAAGCUGGAUCGAUUACAUGGAUAAGCCCUCAAAGGGCUUAACAGGAGCUGUCGUCGCAGUCUACAUCGCCGGCGAAGCCUGCGGAGCCCUAACGCAAACCUUCAUCGGCGACAAACUCGGCCGCAUCCGAUUCAUGCAACUAAUGUGCAUAAUCGUCACAAUUGGCACAGUAAUCCAAACCGCUUCCGUGAACAUCGGCAUGUUCCUCGCCGGCCGCGUGCUAGCCGGCUACGCCGUCGGCGGGCUUGUAGCCACAGUCCCAAUCUACCUAAGUGAGAUCUCCGACCCACGCUACCGUGGCCUGAUCGGUGGUAUUUCUGGCUGUGGUAUUUCCUUCGGCACGAUGAUGUCGAACUGGGUUGGCUUUGCGUGCGGUUAUGCGCCGUAUGGGCAUGUGCAGUGGCGUUUGCCGCUGGGCAUUCAGAUCCCCUGGGGUAUUAUUCUGUUUAUUGGGCUUGCUACUUUUAUGCCAAAUUCGCCGCGGCAGUUGAUUCGCGUUGGGAACAUCGAUCUUGCGAGGAGUGAGUUUGCGAGGAUAAGGAGGGGUGUGGAUUUGGUGGAGAUGGAGGAGGAGUUUGGAUUGAUGAAGGCUCAGAUUGAGUCUAUUGCUGUGCAGACUAUGACCAGUUUGACUGGUGUCAAUGUCAUUCAGUAUUAUCAGACUAUCCUAUACAAAGGUCUCGGCAUUGGAUCCCACACCAUUCUCGCUCUAGCCGCAGUCUACGGCACCGUCGCCUUCAUCUCUAACUCAAUCACGACUAAAUAUAUGACUGACCAAUGGGGUCGCCGAAAGAUGCUCAUCACCGGAUUGGCCGGCAUUGUCUUGAUAGAAAUCUACGCUGCUGUGAUGCAAAGAGAAUUCCAGCACACAGAUAACAACAUCGGAAAAGGAUUCGCUAUUCUUGGAAUCUACCUCUUUGUGGUUUGCUACUACGGCAUGCUUAACAGUACUACCUGGCUGUAUGGCGCCGAGGUCUUACCCAUUGCUCUCCGUAGCAAGGUUAUGGGUCUUGCAGCAGCAUCUCAUUUCAUUGUCAAUGUUGCAGUCACCGAGGCAGGACCCAGUGCAUUUGCCAACAUCGGCGAGAACUACUACUAUGUCUUCGUGGCAUGCUCUUCUUUCUUCCUAGUCAUCGCUUACUUCUUCUUCCCGGAAACCAAGCAAAAGACCCUCGAAGAAGUGGCAGCAGCAUUCGGCGACCGGGUCGUCGAUCAAGAUGACAGCCUUAAACGUGCAGCUAGCUUGGUGGGCGACACGAAGCAUGUGGAAUCGACAGAGGAGGUAGUUUAA